GCAGCCGGUUUGUGGAACAAAAGUAGAGGCCUUGUGGAACGUACCCUGCAUUUCUGGACAAAUCGCCAGCGUCUUCCAAUACCACUGUGAUCCUGCACCAUGGAUUCUCGAUACUCAACUGCGGGCUCUGGCCAUCUGAGAGAUCUUCGGACCCAGCUAUUCAGCACGCCGCAGCAUAGAUCCGGGGGCAACUCCGUGCCGCUGCGGAUGAGCUCCCCCUACGAGUCUGCGCCGCUGGUUUCGGCGCGCCACAACGAGGCGUUUUUGCUGUCCUUGGAGGAUCAGAAUAACAGCGAGGUGGACCAGAUGAGUUCCAAGGUGUCGGCGCUCAAGUCCUUGGGGGUGAUGAUGGGGCUGGAGAUCAGCAAGUCCAUGCACUUGAACGACGAGAUCUCUGGCAACUUCGAGCGCGGCUCGGUGACGUUGAAGAACACGUACAACCGGAUGGUGCUCAUGAGCAAACGAGCAGGGAUAUCGUGGAAAAUGUGGCUUGUGUUUUUUGCCGUGUUUUUCUUGAUGUGCUACUACGUGUGGCUCUUCUAGAGGCCUCUCGCUUUUUGCACAGGACAAUCGCCAGCGAGGCCCGGGCCAGGGCCAGAGACCAGCCGUUGGUGAGAGCGGGACACCCGCCGCGCAUCAAGCCGUUCUGGUCUUGAAGAGCCUGGGCUUUUGUUGCUGGCUGGGGCCGGGAGAUUUGGCAAAAAGCCGGCCAGUAGGCCCAUUUGACAGCAAGCCGGCCGGGAGGUCCAUUUGACAGCAAGCCGGCCGG